AUGUAUCAACUCUCUAUUGCAGUUGAUGUGAUGACAAUUCAUGAGUAUGAAAACAUUCAAGCUGCUCUGCUAAACACCAAUAGAAAUGAAAUCAAAUAUUAUGCUGAUUGUUUAACUGAAACUUUCAAUAAAGCCUCAAUGCAUCACUUAGGACACCAAGAAAAAGCAGCACUUCUUCUUGCUGCCGACGAUGAUCACGACGAUGAAGAGACUCAUCAUGACAUGACCACUUCAUCAUCAACACAUACAAACGAUCGUUUUCCCGUUGUCACCAAACGACCACGAACCUAUCAUCGUCAUCGAUCAGCCACUUCACAACCGAUCCUNUUCUAA